AUGGCUGCGUCGUCGCAGAGGACAUCAGAGACGGCCGUCCAGUCACCAACAGCCAUGUCCGACGACUUAGAGCAGGCGAACGGCCCAAAGCCGUCUUCUGGUCCUGCACCCGCGCCGGCACCCCCACCAGGUCAGGAUGCCGAAAAGAACUACCAGCCCAAGACUCUCAAGUUCUGGUCCAUUCUCGUUAGCAUCUUUCUGGCUCUGUUUCUCGUCGCCCUUGACCGAACGAUCAUUGGAACCGCCAGUCCAACCAUCACACAAGAAUUCCACAGCUUGGGUGAUAUAGGAUGGUAUGGCUCGGCCUACCAGCUUACCACAGCCGCAUCGCAACUCCUGUUCGGUAGAGUCUACAAGUUCUACAAUGUCAAAAGAACGUUCUUGGUCUCAUUGGCCCUGUUCGAGAUCGGAUCGGUCGUAUGCGGCGCCGCCCCCAACUCCAUCGUUUUCAUCGUCGGUCGUGCUAUCGCCGGACUGGGUGGCGCCGGCAUUUUCUCCGGUGUUCAGAUCAUAAUGAUUCCCAUGAUACCCCUUCGAAAGCGUGCCAUGUUCCAGGGCAUCUUUGGGACAGUCUUUGGGUUGGCCUCGGUUCUGGGCCCGUUGGUUGGAGGUGCAUUUACGGAGAGUGUCAGCUGGAGAUGGUGUUUCUACGUGAAUCUCCCUAUUGGGGCGGUGGCAGCCCUCUGUCUCAUCGUCAUCCUCCGUACGCCGCCCAAAAAGGGUCCCCCAGUUCCGGCGACUAUCUGGGAUCAAAUCGUCCGGUUGGAUCCUCUCGGAACCUUCUUUUUCAUUCCUAGCAUUGUCUGCCUCCUCAUCGCCCUGCAAUGGGGCGGCUCUACGUAUGCUUGGAGCAGUUGGCGGAUCAUAUUACUGCUCGUUCUCUUCCCUGUGUUAUUCAUCGCCUUUGCCGCAGUUCAAGUACUCAUGCCAAAGACUGCGACUGUGCCAGUCAGAAUCAUACGCCGACGAAGUAUUCUGGCAGCCGCUAUUUACAUGUUCGCCAUUGCCGGGUCCUUCCUUCUGGCUAUCUAUUUCCUACCUCUUUGGUUCCAGGUUGUCCAGGGCGCCACUGCUGCGCAGUCCGGCAUUUACACCAUUCCAUUCGUCCUCAGCCUCGUAGUAGGAAGCAUCCUAUCCGGAGGCGUUACGACAAGGAUAGGAUACUAUGUCCCCGCAAUGAUCCUUUCCCCAAGUCUCCUGGCCGUCGGUCAGGGACUAAUGAGUACCUUGAGGGUUGGAGAGGUCUCCUCCCACUGGAUCGGAUACCAAGUGGUCGGAGGGCUCGGGCUCGGCAUCGGAAUGCAGGCUGCUACACUCGCAGCACAAGCUGUCCUUCCCCUGCCCGAUAUACCAACGGGCAUUGCGAUCAUGUUUUUCGCACAACAGCUCGGCGGUGGUAUCUUCACAUCUGUCGGCCAGAAUCUUCUGAGUACUUACAUGGUUUCUCACCUUCGCGACGUGCCAGGAGUCGACGCUAGUCAGGUCACCAGCGAAGGUGCUGUAGACCUUGUGAACAACGUGGCGCCUGAGUACCGAUUGGCCGUGAAGGAAGUAUACAACCAAGCCAUAGCGAGGAUCUUCUUGUGUGCCAUGGGCGUAGCUCUUGCGGCUGUUCUCGCUGGGCUCUGCAUGGAAUGGAAGAACAUCAAGAAGACUGGGCCUCCCGGGGCCGGCCCCCCGGGUGCGAAACCUUCGGGACCAAGCGACAAAGGUGCAGAUACAUCACCGCCUGAGACGACAAAAACGCCCGAAUCAGGCGACGAGGAUCCUUCGGCGGCCUCCAGGAAAGUUCCGCUCGGGAAGUCGAACACCAGCGCAGAGCCUACCAAACGGAAUGGCUCCCUACAAGAGUCGAAAGAUUACCAUGGACCGGCAGAAAAGUCCGGCUGUGACCAUUGCGAGCACUGCCGACUAUCGCGAGCCAUCAAUCUCGCCCCAUCAGAGCAGACGAGUCGCCCAAGCCGUGGCACUGUCACCACACCCAGCAGCUCGAGCCCAGCUCCACCGCCAGGCGCACUCGAAGAAGCCGCGCGCCUCGCCGGUAUCGCCCGAGACGCAGUGGCCCAGCUCGAGGAACUGACCAGGCCAUACUCGGCACUCGGGACGAUGGGGAGCAGCGGGCGGCUAUCCGCUGAACCAAUACGGGAGAACGCGAGACACCAGCCCAUGGCCGCACCAGAGGUACCGGGUCGCGACCACCGCCGGGGCGGCUCCUUCGUGCGGCGGCUCACGACGCAGGAACUCUUGCAAAACGCCAAUCGCGUCUCGGCGCAGUUGGAAAAGGAGGAGCGGGAGUCAAACGAGUCACUUCAUCAGACGCGGUUGCAGCAGUCGGCGGACUCAAAGCUGUCUACACAUUAUCCCUCUCCGUCGCAAGGGUCGUCGACUUCUCGAAAAGGUGACCAAACCUGA